GCGGGCGCGCGGCGGCGCGUGCUGGGCGGGGCCGGGGCGGGCCGGCCUGUGCGCGGCUGCGUGCGGGACGGAGUGCGGGAGCCGGGCUGUCCGGGGCGUCCUCGCACGGGGAGGUCGUGCGUGGGGCAGCGCGGGGACCCACGUGCGGUUCCGGGCAGCUGCUGGGCGGGGCCGGGGCGGGCCGGCCUGUCCGCGGCUGCGUGCGGGACGGAGUGCGGGAGCCGGGGCGUCCUCGCACGGGGAGGUCGUGCGUGGGGCAGCGCGGGGACCCACGUGCGGCGGUUCCGGGCAGCUGCUGGGCGGCGCCGGGGCGGGCCGGCCUGUCCGCGGCUGCGUGCGGGACGGAGUGCGGGAGCCGGGGCGUCCUCGCACGGGGAGGUCGUGCGUGGGGCAGCGCGGGGGACCCACGUGCGGCGGUUCCGGGCAGCUGCUGGGCGGCGCCGGGGCGGGCCGGCCUGUCCGCGGCUGCGUGCGGGACGGAGUGCGGGAGCCGGGCUGUCCGGGGAGGUCGUGCGUGGGGCAGCGGGGGGACCCACGUGCGGUUCCGGGCAGCUGCUGGGCGGGGCCGGGGCGGGCCGGCCUGUCCGCGGCUGCGUGCGGGACGGAGUGCGGGAGAGGGGCGUCCUCGCCCGGGGAGGUCGUGCGUGGGGCAGCGCGGGGACCCACGUGCGGUUCCGGGCAGUUGCUGGGCGGGGCCGCGGCGCCGGGGCGGGCCGCGACCUGAUCCCGCAGCCCUGGCAGUCCGACGGGGUCCGGGCACCCGGCGGUGGAGACCCCGGAGGGGACGCGGCGGCCAGGACGUGGGGUGCAGAGGGCGGCCAGAGCCCCGCGAAGCCAGAGCGGGUGGGUGCGCUUAGCCAGACCCGGGCUCCGCCGUCCGACCCGAGCUGACCGCUGCGUGUUGCCAGCCUCCUGCCUUGGAAUAAGUUUUUUCAAAAAGAUUUCUGUAUUUACUUGAAAGACAGAGUGACGAGGUCUCCCAUCCGCUGGUUCGCUCCCCACUUGCCGCAACAGCCAGGGCCGCACCGCCGAAAACGGGAGCCAGGACUCCCUCCAGGUCUCCCGCGGGGGCCGCAGCGGCCUGCACCUGCCGUCUGACACAGGGCGGGGAGCUGGUCAGAGCGGGGCCGUGGGGCCCUAGCAUCAGCCAGGCAGCAGAGGACCGGACCUCGCGCUCUCGGGUGUCCUGCCCUGCCCUGUUCUCUGCCCGUUCCCGUGGGAGGAGGCGCCGUGUCCUGAGCCGCUGCGUGGCCGGGUGCGCCCUGCGUGCCGCUCUGGCGUGCGCUCUGCACUGCGUCUGCGUCCUCGGCUCCCCUCGAGGGCGAGAAGUCGGGAGGGGUCCCUGGCAUGUCGUGGGGACUUGGCUCCGUGUGGGGCCCCUCUCUGGCGUGAGCCAUUCUUGACGCUCUCACCGCAGCGUGGCCCGAGUUUCGGAGUGGCAGGCGCUGGAGACGGGUGCCUUGCUCGGUGGCGUCUGUGGCAGGUGUCUGGCGGGCAGGGACCUUCUCCCCGGAAGAGGGCUCGUUGCCAUCACACUCACCACGUGCUCAGAGUUCAUAAAGAUGAGCAACCCAACGUGAUUCACGGCUUUUUUUUUUUUUUUUUACAAUCUUUUUUUCCUUUCAAGUUUUUAUUUAUUUGAAAGAGUUACAGAGAGUGAGAGAGAGAGGGAGAGGUCUCCCAUCCACGGGUUCAUUGCCCAGACAGCUACAAUGGCCUGGUCUUGGCCAGGGUAAAGCCAAGAACCUGCAACUCCAUCCAGGUCUCCCACGUGGGGGGCAGGGGUCCCAGGACUUGGGCCAUCCUCUGCUGCUUUUCCAGGCGCGUUAGCAGGGAGCUGGAUCGGAAGUGGAGCUGCUUGCACUUGAAUCAGAGUUCAGAUGGGAUGCAGUUGGUGGCUUAACCCACUGCCCCACAAUGCUGGCCCCUACAAUCAAUUCCUUUUUUUUUUUUUUUUUCCCAUCUGCUGGUUCAUUCCCCAAAUGGCUGCAACAGCUGGAGCCGUGCCGAUCUGAAGCCAGGAGCCUGGAGAUUCCUCUGGAUUUCCCAUGUGGGUGCAGGGGCCCAAGCACUUGGGCCAUCCUCCACCGCUUUCCCAGGCCAUAGCAGAGAGCUGGAUCAGAAGUGGAGCAGCCAGGACUUGAACUGGCGACCACAUGGGAUGCCAGCACUGCAGGCUACAGCUUUAGCUUCUAUACCAUGGUACCGACCCCAGUUUCUUUCUUUCUUUUUUUUUAAAGUUUACCGGGGUGGCAAGCGCCGCAGCUCACUUGGCUAAUCCUCCGCCUAGCGGCGCCGGCACACCGGGUUCUAGUCCCAGUUGGGGCGCCGGAUUCUGUCCCGGUUGCCCCUCUUCCAGGCCAGCUCUCUGCUCUGGCCCGGGAGGGCAGUGGAGGAUGGCUCAGGUGCUUGGGCCCUGCACCCCAUGGGAGACCAGGAGAAGCACCUAUCUCCUGGCUUUGGAUCGGCGCAGCGCCGGCUGUGGCAGCCAUUUGGGGGGUGAACCAACAGGAGGAAGACCUUUUUCUCUGUCUCUCACUAGCUCUGCCUGUCCAAAAAAAAAAAAAAAAAAAGUGUACCGGGGCUGGUGCUGUGCUGUAGUGGCUGAAACUGCUAGCUGCACGGCCAGCAUCCUGCUCGUGCACCGGUUCUAGUCCCAGCUGCUCUGCUUCUGCUCCAGCUCCCUGCUGUGGCCUGGGAAUGUAGCGGAAGACGGCCCACGUGCCUGGGCCCUGCACCCAUGCGGGAGACCUGGAGGAAGCUCCUGGCUCCUGGCUUCCGUCUGGCCCAGCCCUGGCUGUCCCGGCCAUGUGGGGAGUGAACUUGCAGAUGCAAGAGGUUUUUCUCUAUGUCUCUUUCUUUCUGUAACUCUGACUUUCUGAUACAUAAAGUAGAAAAUAAAAAGCUUGUUCACUUUUAUUUCUUUGAAAGAGUGAAAGAGAUCUUCCAUCCACUGGGUCACUCUCUGAGUGUCUGCUGCAGGCAGAGCUGGGCCGAGCCGAAGCCAGGGACCUAGAGCUCCAUGCUCGUCGCCCACGUGGGUGGCAGGGACUCAGGUGUCCGAGCCGUCGCAGCCGCUGCCCCUCAGGGUGAGUGUUAGCAGGAAGCAGGCGGAAGCACCUCAGGAGGGGAUGUGGUGUCCCAAGCGGUGGCUUAGCCCACUUCACCACAGCACCCUCCCUAGCCACCUUAUUUUCUUAUUUUAUUUCUUUUUUUUUUUUCUUUUUUUGACAGGCAGAGUGGACAGUGAGAGAGAAAGAGACAGAGAGAAAGGUCUUCCUUUGCCGUUGGUUCACCCUCCAAUGGCCGCCACGGCCGGCACACUGGGGCCGGCGCACCGUGCUGAUCCGAUGGCAGGAGCCAGGUGCUUCUCCUGGUCUCCCAUGGGGUGCAGGGCCCAAGGACUUGGGCCAUCCUCCACUGCACUCCCUGGCCACAGCAGAGAGCUGGCCUGGAAGAGGGGCAACCGGGACAGAAUCCGGCGCCCUGACCGGGACUAGAACCCGGUGUGCCGGCGCCGCAGGGGGAGGAUUAGCCUAGUGAGCCACGGUGCCGGCCCUUAUUUUAUUUCACUUUUUUAGUUUUAAUUAAUUAGUUUGAGUGGCAGAGUUGCAGAGAGAGGGAAGGAGAGUCAGAUGCUCCAUCUGUUGGCCCACUUCCCAAAUGACUGCGAUGGCCGGGGCUGGGCCAGAUUGAAGCCAGGAGCCUGGAACUUCUUCCAGGCCUCCCACCUGGGUACAGGUUCCAAGGCCCUUGGGUGGUCUUCUGCUGGUUUCCCAGGUGCAUAAUCAGGGAGCUGGAUGGGAAGUGGAGCAGCUGGGACUCAAAGUAGUGGCUGUAGGCAGAUGGUGGCUCAACUCACUGAACCGCAGCACUGGCCCCACUUUAUUUUUGUUUUUUUUUUUUUUUUAAAGAUUUAUUUAUUUAUUUGAAAUCCAGAGUUACACAGAGAAGGAGAGGCAGAGAGAGAGAGAGAGGGAGAGAGAGGGAGGUCUUCCACCCAUUGGUUCACCCUCCAAUUGGCCGCAGCGUCGGGAGCUGUGCUGAUUCGAAGCCAGGAGCCUGGAGCUUCCUCUGGAUCUCCCACAUGGGUGCAGGGGCCCAAGCACUUGGGUCAUCUUCCAUUGCUUUCCCAGGCCAUAGCAGAGAGCUGGAUUGGAAGUGGAAAGGCUGGGACUCGAACUGGUGCCCAUAUGCGAUGCUGGCACUGAAGGCAGCGGCUUUACCCACUAUGCCACAGCACCAGCUCCCCACCUUAUUUUUUAAAACCAGGUUACUGGGGCUGGCACUGUGGCUUAGCAGGUAAAACUGCUGCUUGCAGUGCUGGCAUCCCAUAAUGGAGCCAGGCGGGCCCAGCUCUCUGCUGUGGCCUGGGAAAGCAGUAGAAGAUGGCCCAAGUCCUUGGGUCCCUGAACCUGCAUGGAAGACCCGGAAGAAGCUCCUGGCUCCUGGCUUCGGAUCGGCGGAGCUCCAGCUGUUGUGGCCAACUGGGGAGAGAACCAGCGGAUGGAAGACCUCUCUCUCUUUCUCUCUCUCUCCCCCCGCCUCUCUCUCUGCCUCUCCUUCUCUCUCUGUGUAACUCUGACUUUCAAAUAAAUAAACCUUUAAAAAAAAUUCACUGAGAAAGAAUUUAACACCAUAAAAGUCACCCAUUUUGAGCGUAGCAUUUCGUAAGUUUGCCGUGGUGUAAGCCAUCACUCUGGGGGUCCCUCCUGCUUGUUUGCCCACCCUCAGCCUUGACAGCCGUCAGUCGCUCUCUGUGUAGUUUGUCUCUCACGUAAAUGGGAUCAUGUGACUUGGUCUUUGUGUUGAACGUCUUUCACUUAGCGUAAUUCACUUUUCGGAGCUCUCUUGUUGGCAUACUUGAUAAGCCUUCCAGUCCACCUGAUUAAAUACAUAUCAGCAACGUUUAGUGAUUCAUAAAGUUGUCCAUCAUUACAGCGAUCCAGUUUUAGAACAUUUCCGUCAUUCCAGAAAGAUGCCUCAUGUCCAUUUGCAGUCACUCCCUGUUCCCGCCCCCAGCCCUGGGCAGCCACACCUCUGCCCCGCGUCCCUGGACUUGCCUUUCUUGCAUUUCAUACAGAUCAGGUAACCGUGUACCAUGGGCUCCUUGGCACUGGGCUUCUGCUGCCUUGCGCAGUGUGUCGGGUGCAUCCUGUUGCAGCUGUGGCAGUGGGUGGUUCCUCUUGACUGGAUCCCAGCUGUGGCAGCGCGUGGUUGACUGGAUCCCAGCUGUGGCAGUGGGUGGUUCCUCUUGACUGGAUCCCAGCCGUGGCAGCGCGUGGUUGACUGGAUCCCAGCUGUGGCAGCGCGUGGUUGACUGGAUCCCAGCCGUGGCAGCGGGUGGUUCCUCUUGACUGGAUCCCAGCUGUGGCAGCGCGUGGUUGACUGGAUCCCAGCUGUGGCAGUGGGUGGUUCCUCUUGACUGGAUCCCAGCUGUGGCAGCGCGUGGUUGACUGGAUCCCAGCUGUGGCAGUGUGUGGUUCCUCUUGACUGGAUCCCAGCUGUGGCAGCGUGUGGUUCCUCUUGACCGGAUCCCAGCUGGUGCGUGCUGCGUUGCUUCUGCUUUUGGCCGUCUGGAAUGAAGCUGCUAGGAGCAUUUGCACCAGUCGGUGUGGACGUGUGCACCCGGGGUGGAAUUCCCGAGUUGAGUGGCAAAUAUAACUGGAAAGGCAGAGCGAGAGAGACAGACACGGGGAGGGUAAGAGAGCCUCGUGUCCACUGGUUCACCCCCAAAGUCUGCAGCAGCCAGGGCUGGGCCGGGUGGGAGCCGGCAGCCUGGAACUGAGAACUGGGCUCUGGGUGUCCCGUAUGAGCGCCAGAUGCCAGCCUCUAACUUCUGAAGAGGCUGCCCGGCGUUCACAGGAGCGGCGCGUUCGUCCCCAGCAGCAGCGCGGGUUUGGUCGACGUUUGUCGUCUCUGAUGGGGGUUGGGCUGGUGGCUUGCGUGUGGUUCAGAUGUGCCCUGCGAGUAGGGAAGGCGUGUGGUUCAGGUGUGCCCUGCGAGUAGGGAAGGCGUGUGGUUCAGGUGUGCCCUGCGAGUAGGGAAGGCGUGUGGUUCAGAUGUGCCCUGCGAGUAGGGAAGGCGUGCGUCCUUUGUGCCCUGCGAGUAGGGAAGGCGUGUGGUUCAGGUGUGCCCUGCGAGUAGGGAAGGCGUGUGGUUCAGAUGUGCCCUGCGAGUAGGGAAGGCGUGUGGUUCAGGUGUGCCCUGCGAGUAGGGAAGGCGUGUGGUUCAGGUGUGCCCUGCGAGUAGGGAAGGCGUGUGGUUCAGGUGUGCCCUGCGAGUAGGGAAGGCGUGUGGUUCAGGUGUGCCCUGCGAGUAGGGAAGGCGUGUGGUUCAGGUGUGCCCUGUGAGUAGGGAAGGCGUGUGGUUCAGACGUGCCCUGCGAGUAGGGGAGGCGUGUGGUUCAGGUGUGCCCUGCGAGUAGGGGAGGCGUGUGGUUCAGGUGUGCCCUGCGAGUAGGGAAGGCGUGUGGUUCGGGUGUGCCCUGCGAGUAGGGAAGGCGUGUGGUUCAGGUGUGCCCUGCGAGUAGGGAAGGCGUGUGGUUCGGGUGUGCCCCGCGAGUAGGGGAGGCGUGUGGUUCAGGUGUGCCCUGCGAGUAGGGAAGGCGUGUGGUUCGGGUGUGCCCUGCGAGUAGGGGAGGCGUGUGGUUCAGACGUGCCCUGCGAGUAGGGGAGGCGUGUGGUUCAGGUGUGCCCUGCGAGUAGGGGAGGCGUGUGGUUCAGGUGUGCCCCGCGAGUAGGGGAGGCGUGUGGUUCAGGUGUGCCCCGCGAGUAGGGGAGGCGUGUGGUUCAGGUGUGCCCCGCGAGUAGGGGAGGCGUGUGGUUCGGGUGUGCCCCGCGAGUAGGGAAGGCGUGUGGUUCGGGUGUGCCCUGCGAGUAGGGAAGGCGUGUGGUUCGGGUGUGCCCUGCGAGUAGGGAAGGCGUGUGGUUCAGGUGUGCCCUGCGAGUAGGGGAGGCGUGUGGUUCAGGUGUGCCCCGCGAGUAGGGAAGGCGUGUGGUUCAGGUGUGCCCCGCGAGUAGGGAAGGCGUGUGGUUCAGGUGUGCCCUGCGAGUAGGGGAGGCGUGUGGUUCAGAUGUGCCCUGCGAGUAGGGAAGGCGUGCGUCCUUUGUGCCUGUGCCUGUGCCUCGCGCGCCUUCUGGAAGAGCAGCCGUCAGCUCCGGCGCGCGCCUUCGCGCUGCUCACGGAGAGGGAGACGGGAGAGCAGGCCUGCCCUUUCUGGAUGUGAGUCCUUCGUCUAGGAGUUUCAGGUUAAAAUAUUUUCUUUUUUCUUUUUUUUUAAGAUUUUUAUUUUAUUUUAUUUAUUUAUUAUUAUUAUUUUUUUUUUUUUUUGACAGGCAGAGUGGACAGUGAGAGAGAGAGAGACAGAGAGAAAGGUCUUCCUUUGCCGUUGGUUCACCCUCCAAUGGCCGGCGUGCUGCGGCUGGCGCACCGCGCUGAUCCGAUGGCAGGAGCCAGGAGCCAGGUGCUUCUCCUGGUCUCCCAUGGGGUGCAGGGCCCAAGCACCUGGGCCAUCCUCCACUGCACUCCCUGGCCACAGCAGAGAGCUGGCCUGGAAGAGGGGCAACCGGGACAGAAUCCGGCGCCCCGACCGGGACUAGAACCCGGUGUGCUGGCGCCGCAAGGCGGAGGAUUAGCCUAGUGAGCCGCGGCGCCGGCAAAAUAUUUUCUUGAGAUCUGUCGUGUGUCCUUACUUUUGUAAUGUGUCUUUCAGAACACGAGUCUUGGAUUUUGCUGAGGUUUGUCAGUUUUUUCUCUUCUAUUGAUCUUGCUUUUGGUGUUGGUAAGGAAUCCUUACUAACCCUGUGUCUGAGCUUUUUCCAGUGUUUUCCCGUAAGUGCUGUGGUGCGAGCCGUGGGUGCAUCUGUGAGCUCGUGCCUGUAUGUGGCGUGGGGUGGGGGGGCUGCACCGGCGGUCCUGUGCUCCAGUCCAGCGCGCUUGCUCCCGCGGUUUGCAAUGAACUGAAUGGUGGGCUCAUACCCUCCAGGGUGAGGGAAUUAUUUUCACAGUGAAGAACCAUAGUAGGUGUCGUCUGUCUGCACUGUUCCCCACCCCGUCUCUCAUUCCGUACUCCCUCUCCUUGUCACAGCCUACUACAGGCCGCAAGGCUCAGCCAGCGCCUCUGCUUCCGUACCCGAGUGUUGGACACAGGACUCUGUGAUAAGCUGCAGUCCUCACGUUCAGUGCUGAGAUUUCUUCAGAUUACACUCAGGAACAAUGACUGAAGGCUAAGGAGGGGAUUCGAGAGAUGACUUAAAUUUCCCUCCUUUUUUUAUUUUCAAAUAUUUGAUUUAUUUAUUUAAGAGGUAGAGUUACAGACGGUGAGAGGGAGAGACAGAGAGAAAGGUCUUCCUUCUGCUGGUUCACUCCUCAACUGGCCGCAAUGGCCGGAGCUGCGCCGAUCUGAAGCCAGGAGCCAGGAGGUUUUUCCCAGUCUCCCACGUGGGUGCACUUGGGCCAUCUUCCACUGCUUUCCCAGGCCACAGCAGGGAGCUGGAUUGGAAGUGGGGCAGCGGGGACUUGAACCAGCGCCCAUAUGGGAUGCCGGUGUCGCAGGCGGAGGAUAAACCUGUGCCACCACGUCAGCCCCUUAAAUUUUAUUUUGAAGAAUGUGUUCCAGGGAAAUCAGUGGGAUGGCGUCUCCUUCCCCUUGAUGGCAGCACAUUUAUUGGAGCAGUCGUUUUGCACACAGUCUGCUGACACUGUGAUGUGUGUGAGGCUCAUUGUUUUGUUCUGUUUGCUCUCCCUCUUUCUGGUCAGAUGCUGCCGGGAAAGGGAGAAGUUCCUUCCUGGGAACGGGAGAAGCGUGGAGGUUGGGACGCAAGCGACUUCGUGCGGCCUUGCGUCCUCCUCAGUGUGGCCUUGGCAAUGUGUGCAGCUCUUGGUAGGAGCACUUGUUAAAGAUGCUGGCGGCGUUCCCACAGCUCGCUGUCUCUGCUCAGUGCUCUGUAGCUCAUUUCUGUGCCUUAACCUGUGAGAGAGUCUGAGUUGUGGCAUACCCUGUCUGUGUGUGUUGAAGCAGCUGUGAAAGAUGGGCUUGGGAUUAAAAGCCUAAAACCAAGCUGGAUUCAAAUCCUGUCUUGACAAACUCUUACUAGCUACGUGGUCUCGGGAAAAGUGUGUAACUGGUGCUAGUGUCAGCUCCUUGUCUAUAAAGUGUCUGUGUCUUCGGGGCUGUGUGCUGCCUCAGCGCCAUUGUUUGUGCAGUGUUCAGCUCAUGUUAGGUGUUCUGUAAAAUGGCAAUUGCUUUUAUCUCUGAUUUUUUCCCUUCCUUUUGGCUUUAUAUUUCCCAAUUUUUGGUAUUGCCAUAAAAUAUGACAUGCUACGUGAUUUGAAAUUUUUAAAAAAAAUAUUUUAUUGAUUCGAAAGGCAGAGUGACAGAGGGAGAGACAGAGAAAGAUCCUCUGUUGGUUCACUCUCCAGAUGGCUGCAGAGGCCAGGGCUGGGCCGUGCUGAAGCCAGGAGGUCCAUCUGGGUUUCCCGCACGUGGGUACAGGAGCCCAAGCACUUGGGCCAUCCUCUGCUUCUUCCCUGGUGGGUUAGCAGGAAGCUGGAUCAGAAGUGGAGAAGCCAGGACUUGAACCAGUGCUCCGACAUGGUCUAUAGGAGCGGUGAGCAGCGGCGUGGCCCGCAUGUAACACUUACUUCCCAUCUGCUUUAAAUGCUUACUGGAACGUCACUGCAUCUUUCUUUCUUAGUGCCAGGGUUCAUUCACGUUUAGGUGGACACAGGGAUCUGUGUUGGACUUGGUGGCACGGUCGGGUGGGGAAGGCCGUGAAGAGGAAAGCCAGCCUGGCCAGGCUGUGUCCUACGGCUUUAUCAUCAAGAAUCUUGGGAAGCCUCGGUCAGUACUUACUGUUCACCUCAGUCCUGAUUUAGAACAUCGAGACUUCAGGCUAGGCCUAAGGUCUGUUCUCAGCAGGGUGUGAUCACCAACUUUGGCACUGCUGCAGGCAGCCCACUGGCAGUAUUCUCCAUGUUGCCAUCUCUGUGUUUGAAAGAUUUGUUUGAAAGGCAGAGUGAGAGAGAAAGACAGAGUGACAGAGUGACAGAGAGAGAGAGAGAGAGAGAGAGAGAGAGAGAAGAGGGAACGCGUGAUGGAGAGAGAAGGACUAUCUCCCAUUGCUGGCUCAUCCCUGGAUGGCUGCAGCCAUGAAGCCAGGAACCAGGAGCCAGGAGCUCAAGGACUUGCGGCAGCUUGUGUUGCCUCCCAGGUGCAUUGUGGGGCUGGACUGGAACUGGCUGUCCAGGGUGGGUGUGGGGGUCCCAGGUGCAUUGUGGGGCUGGACUGGAACUGGCUCUGCAGGGUGGUUGCAGGAGUCCCAGGUGCAUUGUGGGGCUGGACUGGAACUGGCUCUCCAGGGUGGGUGCGGGAGUCCCAGGUGCAUUGUGGGGCUGGACUGGAACUGGCUCUCCAGGGUGGGUGCGGGGGUCCCAGGUGCAUUGUGGGGCUGGACUGGAACUGGCUCUCCAGGGUGGGUGCGGGAGUCCCAGGUGCAUUGUGUAGGGCUGGACUGGAACUGGCUCUGCAGGGUGGGUGCGGGAGUCCCAGGUGCAUUGUGUGGGGCUGGACUGGAACUGGCUCUCCAGGGUGGGUGCGGGGGUCCCAGGUGCAUUGUGGGGCUGGACUGGAACUGGCUCUCCAGGGUGGGUGCGGGGGUCCCAGGUGGUGGCUCAGCCCGCUGUGCCGCUCGGCCUUCCCUCCUCUGUUCUCAGUGGUGGCGUACUAGCUCCACGUUUGAUCCAUGAAGUAAUCAUUUCCAAGUACGGGUUCCAGGGCUCAGCCCUACCCCUCCGGUGUCAGGCAGGAACUAGACACGGCCGUGGCUUGGCCCGUCUGCUCUCCCGCAGCGAGGAGCAGGUGGCGUGCAGCCGCGUGUCUGAGGGCCUGGGUCCGCGCCGCCCCCUGUAGCCCGCGACUGUGAUUCUCGCAGUUGCAGGACCCUUGUCCCUCAGCCAGAAGGAUCUGGCAAGAGGACAGACGCGUGCCAGCUGGCCUGGCUCCCUUCCAGAGGGCUUACUUCCUGGAUGCCUUAUCGCUUCUGUUUUAUUGGUCAGGACUGUAAUUUGGUCACUUGCAAGGGAGGCUGGGAAAGGAAGCUUUUUAGCCAAGUCUUUUAUUCAAACAAAAUAGGUCAGGGUUCUCUUAUUAAGGAAGGGGAAAUUGUGUGUUGGGCAAGCAACUAAAAGUAUUGACCUCAAUUUUUUUUAAAAUUAGAAUAGCUGGCUACCUAAGACACCGCACAUCAGCAAUUCAACCUGACACACGCGAAUCAGUUAAUAAACGCCAGCUUUCAUCUGCAGAGGCGGUUGCCCACAGUUGAGGGCACCGUGUCGAAACACGCGGUUCUGGUUCCUGGGCCUGCUCUGCUCGUGCUGGUCGUGUGACCCACAUCUUUGCCUUCGCUGCUUUGCUGCCAUCCCUUUGGAAGGCCCCGAUACCUAAUUCAGGGGAUCAUUGUAAUGAUCAGACGAAAAGAAAUGUGGACGAGGAAGAGCGCCGCGUACCCGUGUAGCGCUCGGCACACGGGUGAGUGCUGGUGGUGAUGAGGUCACGCCGUGAAGACUGGGCUAGCUUUGUGUUUGUCGUGCCCCAGACAGAGAAUUUUUUCCUUGGAAAUGUGUGUCAGCACUGGAUGAGGCCAUCCAGCACUCCCUGAGCUCCCGCUGUGCCGCGUCGCGUGUGGGUGCUGGUGAGGGGAGGGACAAGACGCCUGCUCGCAUGGCGCUUCUCGUCUGGGAGGAGCGUGGGGUCAGGGAGCAGCCGAGGACCCACACAGCGCCUGCAGACGUCAGGUUCGCAUCUUUGGACGAGGAGAACGGCACGAUUUUUAUGAUGGUCUUUUUUUUUUUUAAGCUGCAUUUAUUUAUUUGAGAGGCAGAGAGAGAGGUCUUCCAUCCACUGGUGACCUGGUACAGCUGUUUCGCCAGUUCUGGAAGCCUUACUUUUCACCAUGACUUUGACAAGAGGACUUAUUCAGAAAAGGGUUUGCGAACUUGUACACACCUGUAUUUCCCACGGUUCAGGUGACAGUGUCUAAGUCAUUCAGAAUUAACAGUUUUUUUUUUUUUUUUUUUUUUUUUUAUGCCUCCCAAAUGGCUGCAGCGGCCAGAGCUGGGCCGGGAAGAAGCCAGGAGCCAGGAGCUUCUUCUGGGUCUCCCACACGGGCGCAGGAGCCCAAGGACCUGGGCCUGUUCUGAUGCUUUCCCAGGCCCGUUAGCAGGCAUGGAAGUGGAACAGCCGGAACUCGAGCCAGUGCCCCCAUGGGAGGCCCAGGUGGCGGCUUCACCUGCUACGCCACAGCUCUGGCCCCUAGAGUUACCAGUUUGAGCUAGCUCUUUAAUAAACGCAAAACAUUACUAAAAGUACUUAUGAAAAGUCUUUAGAGCAUGUGUGUGUUUUAGUGAUUUUUAGUUGAUUUGGUAUAUUUUUUUCAUUUGGUAUGUUUUUUCCGCACAGGAAUAGUAUCAGUUUUCACAUUCUGUCUAUUAAAUGUCUGUGUCUGGAAAGGCAAAGACUUUUUUUUUGUGCCCUGUGCUUGGCCACUUUUUUUCAGUGUGAAGAGGUGAUUACCGAGUUGGAAGGAUUACAGAAGGCCCAUCCAUGUUGUGCACGUUAAUCCAUUCUGCUGUGUCAUACCCCCUCACACUGCAGUUAAGGAACUAAGUAGGAGAGUGGACGAUGAAAGAUGGAGAGUGGACGUGAAGAUGCACACCAGUGUGAAAAAAUGCAGGACUGGGGCCGGCGCCGUGGCUCACCUGGUUAAUCCUCUGCCUGCAGUGCCGGCAUCCCCUAUGGGCGCCGGUUCUAGUCCCGGUCGGGGUGCCGGAUUCUGUCCCGGGUGCCCCCCUUCCAGGCCAGCUCUCUGCUGUGGCCCGGGAGUGCAGUGGAGGAUGGCCCAAGUGCUUGGGCCCUGCACCCCAUGGGAGACCAGGAGGAAGUGCCCGGCUCCUGGCUUCAGAUUGGCGCAGUGAAAGCCGUAGCAGCAUUUGGGGAGUGAACCAACAGAAGGAAGACCUUUAUCUCUGUCUCUCUCUCUCUCUCUCUCUCUCACUCACUCUCUCUGUAACUCUACCUGUCAAAUAAAUUAAAAAAAAAAAAAGCAGGUCUGAAUGAGGACCUUGUGCAGAUCUCCAGCAUAUUAAGCCAGUGCUUAGCUGGGCGCGAGGAAGGCAGCUUUCACGCUUGGAUUAGAACGUUCCUAGGAGACCCCUUUUACCCUGCGCGUGUAUAUUUAAACUGGAGUAGCAGGGUUGCAGAAUAACACGUAUCUUUACCGUGUGCAGUGCAUACUGAUCCUUCCUGUUGGAUUCUGUUUACCCGAGGAACAAUGAUGGUUAUCCCAGUAAAUUAGUUUUAAAAACUUGGCAUUAAGGAGCCUACUGUAAAGAAUAAAUUGAAGAUUUUAUUCCUAUCUCUAAUCCUGUAUAACAUUCUUGCAGUGUUGGAGAAGUUAAAAUUAUGAAUGAACUUAAAUUAUUCUCUAUACUUUAUUAAUUACUAGUUUCUGUGAGGCACAUUUUUUCUAAUGAAACAUCAUUGUCUAUUCUGAAUUAGUGAGUUUUUACUGUAUGACAAUAAUCCAUUAUCUUAGAACCAAAAUGUUUUUCAGUUUCUGGAUAACCCCCAUGUGGGAGAUCUUGAAUGAGAGUGAUUGUUAGGUGCCGGCACUGUGGUUUAAGCGGUAGAGCUGCUGCCAGCAGGGCUGGCAUCCCUGUGGGUGCUGGUUCGAGUCCCGGCUGCUCCUCUUCCAGUCCAGCUCUCUGCUGUGGCGUGGGAAAGCAGUGAAAGAUGGCCCAAGUCCUUGGGCCCCUGCACCCACAUGGGAGACCAGGAAGAAGCUCCUGGCUCCUGGCUUCAGAUCAGUGUAGCUGCCGCUGUCGCGGCCACUUGGGGAGUGGGCCAGUAGAUGGAAGACCCCUCUUCUCUCUCUCUCUGCCUCUGCCUAUCUGUAACCCUGCCUUUUAAAUAGAUAAAUAAAUCUUAAAAAAAAAAAAAAAAAGGAAAAAUCUGCAAAGUGACUGUUAGCGAAGAAGACCUGAAGCCCGCCAGCCCCAGCUUUUCAUCACCAGGUGUGGAGGACACUGGCAUCUUGUCUUUUAGCCAUUUGUUAAGUCACGCUGGGUUUGUUCAUUGAGUAAGAGCAUCUGAGAGAGAGACUUUCGAGGGCUGGGCUAAGGUGCAGCGUGUUCAGCUGCUGCCGGUGACGCAGGCAUCCCAAAUGGAUGCCGGUUCAAGUCCCAGAUGUUCUUACUUCCUGUCCAGCCCCCUGCUAAUGCGCCUGGGAAAGCAGCAGACGAUGGCUCAAAUGUUUGGGCCCCUGCACCUACUUGGGAGACCAGGAAGAAGUUCCCGGCUUUGGCCUGGCCCAGCCCUGGCUGUUGUUCACAUCUGGGGAGUGAACCAGUGGAUGGAUGAGACCUUGAAUGGCUAAAGCAAUCUUAUGCAACAAAAACAAAGCCGGAGGCAUCACAGUACUGGAUUUCAAGACAUAGUACAAGGCAGUUAUAGUCAAAACAGCCUGGUACUGGUACAAAAACAGAUGGAUAGACCAAUAGGACAAUAUAGAAAUGCCAGAAAUCAAUCCAGGCAUCUACAACCAACUUAUAUUUGACCGAGGGGCUAAAACCAGUCCCUGGAACAAGGACAGUCUCUUCAACAAAUGGUGCUGGGAAAACGGGAUUUCUACAUGCAGGAGAAUGAAGCAAGACCCCUACCUUACACCUUACACAAAAAUCCAUUCAAAAUGGAUUAAAGACCUAAAGCUAUGACCCAACACCAUCAAAUUAUUAGAGAACAUUGGGGGAGACCCUGCAAGACAUUGCCACAGGCACAGACUUCUUGGAAAGACCCCAGAGGCGCAGGCAGGCAAAGCCAAAAUUAACAUGGAAUUACAUCAAAUUGAACAGCUUCUCACUGCAAAGGAAACACUCAGGGGAGUGAAGAGGCACCUGCAGAAUGGGAGAAAUUAUUUGUAAACAGUGUAACUGAUAAAGGAUUAAUAACCAGAAUCUACAAAGAGAUCAAGAAACUCCACAACAACAAAACAGACAACCCAGUGAAGAAAUGGACAAAGGACUUAAACAUACGUUUUUCAAAAGAGGAAAUGCAAAUGGCCAACAGACACAUGAAAAAAUGUCCAGGAUCACUUAGCCAUCAGGGAAAUACAAAUCAAAACCACAAUGAGGUUCCACCUCACCCCAGUCAGAAUGGCUCACAUACAGAAAUCUACCAACAACAGAUGCUGGCGAGGAUGUGGGGAAAAAGGGACACUAACCCACUGUUGGUGGGAAUGCAAACUGGUAAAACCACUGUGGAAGCAGUCUGGAGAUUCCUCGGAAACCUGAAUACAGACCUACCUUAAGAGCCAGCCAUCCCACUCCUGGGAAUUGACCGAAGGGAAAUGAAAUCAGCAUAUGAAAGAGUUAUCUGCACCCCCCUGUUUAUUGCAGCUCAGUUCACAAUAGCCUAAUGGAAUCAGCCUAAAUGCCCACCAGUUGAAGACUGGAUAAAGAAAUUAUGGGAUAUGUACUCUAUGGAAUACUACACAGCGGUUAAAAAAAUGAAAUCCUGUCAUUUGCAACAAAAUGGAUGAAUCUGGAAAGCAUCAUACUUAGUUAAAUAAGCCAGUCCCAAAGGGACAAAUAGCAUAUGUUCUCCUUUAUAACCUGAUAACCUAAUAGAGCACCUAAAAGGAAAUCUGUAGACAUGAAAUUGACACUUGGAGAAGCAGUGACUUGGAGAGACCUUGUCUUGACUGUUGAGGAGCAGUUUUGUUUUUGUUUUCUUAAUGGAGAAUGGGACUGGGAAUGGGAGAGGGAGGAGGAGGUGGACUGUGAGGAUUGGGGUGGCAGGGCGGGUGUGGUGGGAAGUAUCACUAUAUUUCCCAAGUUGUACUUAGGAAAUUUGUACUCAUUAAAUAGAAGGUUUCUUUACGAAAACAAAAAGCAACAGAGAAAAAAAGAUAAGUUUGUUUGAAAGGCAGAGUGAUGGAGAAGACAGAGACAGAGGUGGUCUUCCUUUAGCAGGGAGCUGGAUCAGAAGCAGAGCCGCAGGACGGGAGUGGCGCUGUGCUCCUGGACGCUGGCCUCACAAGUAGCAGGUUAAUCCACUGUGCCGUGCAGCAGCCCCAAAUCAAAUAUUUCUUUAUUUGGAUUUUAAACUCCAGCCUGGUCUUGUUUUCAUACAGGAUGCUAUUAAUGUAUAGAAAGCUGGUAUUUCGGGUUUUGUUUGCAUAAGAUAAUCCAUGUGGACUUGUCCAGGGGUGGAAUAACUGGUUUGAGAAUAAACACCAUUGAGAAGGAAUGCCACUGGGUAGCGUACUUGUGAAAAUCAGGGGGAAGCCUACACAUCAGCAGAUGUCUGUUGGCUGGGGCCGAGGGUACCUGGUAGAGGCUGCUCUGUGAGCUUCUUGUCCAGGGCCCUGCCGUCUCCAGGGUCGGGCAGUGAACUCCACUGAAGGCGAGAGAAGAAAGUGCUGGGGUUCCAUGCAGGGCUUCCGUGCAGGAAGGGGGCAGGGACGCGAGAGGGAAGAACUUAGCGGCAGGCACCGCAGUUCUGCCUGACUCUGCCCGUAGUCAGAGGGGGCACAGCCAGGCAGCAAAGUGCACGCUGUGAGUGGUAGCCUGUUGGAGCUUUUUUUUUUUUUUUUUUUUUUAAGAUUUAUUUAUUUUUUACUUGAGUCAGAGUUACACAUAGAGAGGAGAGGCAGAGAGAGAGAGAGAGAGAGAGAGAGUCUUCCAUCCAAUGGUUCACUCCCCAGUUGGCUGCAACGACCGGAAGUGCACCGAUCCAAAGCCAGGAGCCAGGAGCUUCUUCUGGGUCUCCCAUAUGGGUGCAGGGGCCCAAGGACUUGGGCCAUCUUCUACUGCUAUCUCAGGCCAUAGCAGAGAUGCUGGAUCAGAAGAGGAGCUGCCGGGACUAGAACUGGUGUCCAUAUGGGAUAUCGGCACUUCAGGCCAGGGCGUUAACCUGCUGAGCCACGGCGCCGGCCCCCCCUUUUUUUUUUUUUUUUAAGAUUCAUUUUAUUUACUUGAAAGGCAGAGUUACAGCGAGAGAGAGGCAGAAGCAGAGAGAGAGAGAGAGAGAGAGAGAGCUUCCGUUUGCUAGUUCACUUCCCAAGUAGCUGCCCCGGCCAGGGCUGGGUCAUGCUGAAGCAGGAGCUCCUUCCGGGCCUCCCAUGUGGAUGCGGGGCCCGGCACUUGAGCCAGCCUCUGGUGCCUUACCAACUGCAUCCAUGGGGAGCUGGAUCGGAGGUGGAGCGUCUGGGACUUAACUGGCCCAUGUGGGAUGCUGGCACUGCGGCCCUGUGGAUCAUUUUUAUCAAGCAGUGUGUUUGUUCCCAAACAGUUGUCAGAGUUGUUCAGCUACACUGUUGGAUGUUGUUGGCUGGCAAAUGUAUUCUUUUUUUUUUUUUUUUUUGACAGAUAGAGUUAGACAGUGAGAGAGAGAGAGACAGAGAGAAAGGUCUUCUUUCCGUUGGUUCACCCCAAAUGGCCACUAUGGCCGGAGCUAUGCCAAUCUGAAGCCAGGAGCCAGGUGCUUCCUCUUGGUCUCCCACGCGGGUGCAGGGCUCAAGGACCUGGGCCAUCCUCCACUGCCCUCCCGGGCCACAGCAGAGAGCUGGACUGGAAGAGGAGCAACCAGGACUAGAACCUGGUGCCCAUAUGGGAUGCCAGCACCGCAGGCGGAGGAUUAACCAAGUGAGCCACGGCACUGGCCCCCUGGCAAAUGUGUUCUUAAAUGCUGGGCAGUAGAGGAUGGGAAAAUGGAGAGGUGGGGGAAAGAGUUUAAUGCUUGUCCAUUUUCCUUUUUAGUAUUUACAAUUUCUCUACUCACAGCUGUUUCCAUACAGGAGAACAUUUUGUCUGUGAACAUACCAAUGAUGAAAAUGUUGAAAAAAAAAAAAACCCUACAAUUUUAAUAGAAUGGUUGAGAUGAGGUGUUGGUGGGGAUAAUUUGCACCGUGUGUUGAAUCUUUGGUAAAGGUUAAAGUGCUUUAGAAGCAUAGUAAACCCACCCUUUGACAAAUGCCUGAGAUACCAGAGCACUUCAGCCGUGUAAACAUCAGCAGUGACACCCUAGAGUAAGUGAACAGCAGCAGCAGUGUGCCGAGCCUUGCUGCAUCGCAGGGGUGGAGUCAGGAGAUGGAGACCUUCCUGCCAGUAGUUGUGGCGCUGAAGUUUGGAACUGUUUUCCAGGGAACUUACUAAAAUUAGGUGAGCUUGGAGUGUGUAGAAAGGGUGAAUGGUUUAAACAGAGGUGUGCAUGUAGGAGCAAACCUAAUUGCGUCUGAGGUAUGGAAAGAAAGUUAACCAAUUCAGUUAUUGUGUGAGCACUACCAUGUAGCUUUGUGCUUUUUUUUUUUUUUUUUUUUUUAAUUUAUUUGAGAGGUAGAGUUACAGAGAAAAAGAGAGACAGAGAGAUCUUCCAUCCAGUGGUUCACUCCCCAAAUGGUCGCAAUGGCCAGAGCUGGGCCACACUGAAGCCAGGAACCCAGAGCUUCAUCCAAGUGUCCCAUGUGGGUGCAGGGGCCCAAACACAUGGGUCAUCUUUAUCACUGCUUUCCCAGGUGCAUUAUAGGGAGCUGGAUUGGAAAUGGAGCAGCCAGGAUUCCAACUGGAGCCCAUAUAGGAUGCCAGCGUCGCAGGUGGUAGCUUUACCUAUAUGCCACCGCUCUGGGCCCCCCCCCUUUUUAUUUAAUAAAUGUGAACUUACAAAGUGCAACUUUUGUAUUGUUGUGGCUCCUCCCCCAACCUCCCUCCCUCCUGCGGCCCUCCCCUCUCCCACUCCCUCUGCCAUCCCGCCCUUCAUCGAGUUUCAUUUUCAAUCACCUUCAUAUACAGAAGAUCAACUUAGUAUAUACUAAGCAAAGAUUUCAACAGGCUGCACUCACACAGCCGCACAAGAUACAGAGUACCAUUCGACUAGUAGUUUUACCGUUAAUUCUCAUAGUACAACACAUUAAGGACAGAGAUCCUACAUGGGGAGCAGGUGCACAGUGACUCCUGUUGUUGAUUUAACAAUUGGCACUCUUAUUUAUGACGUCAGUAAUCACCCGAGGCUCUUGCCAUGAGCUGUCGAGGCUAUGGAAGCCCCUUGAGUUCACCAACUCUGAACUUGUUUAGUCAAGGCCGUAUCACAGUGGAGGUUCCCUCCUCCCUUCAGAGAAAGGUUCCUCCUUCUUUGAUGGCCCAUUCUUUCUGCUGGGGUCUUGUUCACCAGGAUCUUUCAUUCAGGUAGUUUUUGCCACAGUGUCUUGGCUUUCCAUGCCGGCGAGACUCUCAUGGGCCUUUUAGCCAGAUCCGAAUGCCCCAAGGGUUGAUUCUGAGGCUGUUUAGGGCGUUUGCCAUUCUAUGAGUCUGCUGUGUGUCCUGCUUCCCCCGAAGGAUCAUUCUCUCCCUCUUAAUUCUAUCCUUCAUUAUUUGCAGACACUGGUCUUAUUUGUGAAAUCUCUUCGACACUUACCCUAUCUUUUUGAUCGGUUAUUUACUUAUCACUUUACCAAGUGCACUGUCACUGGUACAUGCCUCCUUGAUGAGACUGAGUUGGAAUCCCCUGGCACAUUUCUAGCUCUGCCAUUGGAGGUGAGUCCGAGUGAGCAUGUGCCGACCUGUAUAUCUCCUCCUUCUCUUAUUCCCACUCUUAUAUUUACAGAGAUCACUUUUCUGUUAAUUUUAAAUGCCUAAGAAUAAUUGUGUAUUGAUUACAGAGUUCAACCAGUGGUAUUAAGUAGAACAAACAACAACAACAAAAUACUAAAAGGAAUAAAAUAGUAAGUUGUUCCUCAACAGUCAAGACAGGGCUGAUCUAGUCAUUUUUUCUCAUAGUGUCCAUAGAGUCACAUAGAGAGAGGCAGAGGCAGAAGGGGAGGGGGAGGGGUUCUUCAUCCACUGGUUCACUCCCCAAUGGGCUGCAACGGCCAGCAAUGCACCGAUCCGAAGCCAGGGGCCAGGAACUGCUUCCGGGUCUCCCACACAGGUACAGGGGCCCAAGGACCUGUGCCAUCCUCCACUGCUUUCCCAGGGAGCUGGAUUGGAAGUAGAGCAGCCAAGUCUUGAACCAGGGCCCAUAUGGGAUGCCGGCGCUGCAGGUGGCCCCUCUCUUCCUAGUUUACGGGGAACCUUUAUCAUGAAUGGUGUGCUGGAGUUUUCCAAAUGCUUCUUCUGUGUCAGUUGAUAAGGAUCAGACGAUUUUUCUUUGGUUAUCUGUUGGUGGGUGUUACACUGAUUUUUUUUUUUUUUUUUUUUUUUAGAAAGUAGUGUAGCAGGCUUGCAUACUUGAAAUACAUUCUCCUUGGUUGUAGUGUUUUAUCUAUUGCUGGAUUUAACUUGCUAAUAUUUUGUUAAGGAUCAUGUGAGGUAUAGGUUGUUUUCUUUUUUUCUUUUCUUUUUUUUUUUUUUUUUUUUUUAUUUGACAGGCAGAGUUAGAGACAGAGAGAAAUGUCUUCCUUCCGUUGGUUCACCCCCAAAUGGCCGCUGCGGCUGGCGCGCUGUGUGAUCCAAAGCCAGGAGCCAGGUGCUUCCUCCUGGUCUCCCAUGGGGUGCAGGGCCCAAGCACUUGGGCCAUCCUGCACUGCCUUCCCGGGCCACAGCAGAGAGCUGGCCUGGAAGAGGAGCCACCAGGACAGAAUCUGGCGCCCCGACCGGGACUAGAACCCGGGGUGCUGGCGCCGCAGGCGGAGGAUUAGCCUAGUGAGCCGCGGGGCCGGCUGGUUCUUUUCUUGUGCUGUUUUUGUCUGGUUUGGUUUUGGUGAAAUGGCCUCAUAAAGGGAGUUGGGAAGUUCCUGCUGCUUCUCUUCUGGAAGGCGGCUUGUGGAGUGGAUGUUGAUUUGUUUUCAGUGCUCAGUGCAGUCCUCCAGUGGGGCCGGCUAGGCCUCGGGCUGUUUUUCAGGAACUUUACAAUUUCAAGCUCAAUUUAUUUAUCAGUUGCAGGGUUACGCAGGUCGCUGUUUCUUCUUGGCUGAGUGUUGGCAGUGGGCUGUUUGUGAAGAAUUGUCCAUUGUUUUCUAAAUUACAGAAUUGUGACCCAGACUUGUUUGUAGUAUUUCCUUAUCUUUUUUUUAAUUGAGAUAAAUUUCAUUUUAUUGGGGCCUGUGCUGUGGCUAAAGUGUGUGUGUGUGCGUGUACGCACACGCACACGCACACGCACACGCACACACACAGAAAAGCUAAAGCUGCCCCUGCAGUGCCGGCAUCCCAUAUGAUGCUGGUUUGAGUCCUGGCUGCUCCACUUCCCAUCCAGCUCUCUGCUAUGGCCUGGGAAAGCAGUGGAAGAUGGCCCAAGUCCUUGGGCCCCUGCACCUGUGUGGGAGACCCAGAAGAAGCUCCUGGCUCCUGGCUUCGGAUCGGUGCAUCGCUGGCCAAUGCAGCCAAUUGGAGAGUGAACCAUCGGAUGGAAGACCUCUCUCUCUCUCUCUCUCUCUCUCUCUGUUUCUGCCUCUUCUCUCUCUGUGUAACUGACUUUCACAUAAAUUAAUCUUUAAAAAAAUGCAUUUUAUGUACUUUCAUUUUAACAAUGCGUCUGUUUAUUUGAAAGGCAGAGUCACAGAGUGAGGGGGAAAGAGCUCUUCUGUCUGCUGGUUCACUCCCCAAACGGCUGCAGUGGCAGGGCCAGCCCAGGCCGGAGCUUCAUCUGGGUCUCCCAUGUGGGUGUGGAGCCCAAGCACCUGGGCCGUCUUCUGCUGCUUUCCAGGAGGAUUACCAGGGAGCUGGGUUGGAUGUGGAGCAGUUGGAACACGAGCCAGUGCCCAUGUGGGAUGUUGGUGUCUCAGGCAGUGGCCUAAAUUGCACCAUAGUGCUGGCCGCCAAAAUUCACCAUUUAUGUGUAUUUUUAAGGCUGGCUUAUUUAUUUUAAAGGCAGAGUUACGGAGAGAGCAGGUAGAGGAAGAGUGAGAGAUAGAUAUCUUCUGUCUGCUGAUUUACUGCCCAUGUGACCACAAUGCCAGGGCUGCGCCAGGCUGAAGCCAGGAGCCUUCUGGGUCUCCCACGCCGGUGCAGGAGCCCAAGCACGUGGGCCAUCUGCUGCUGCUUUCACAGGCACGUUAGCAGGGAGCUGGGUCAGGAGUACAGCAGCUGGGACUCAGACUGGCCCCCAUACGGAUGCUGACUUCACAGACAGCGGCUUAACCAGCUGCGCUACAAUGCUGGCCAGCGAAAUGCAUCCAUUUUAGUGUGUUCACUUCAGUGGGUUUCUGUUUGCUUUAGUAUAUUCAGUUUUGCAGCCAUCACCACUACCUAAUUCCAGAGCAUUUUCUUUCUUUCUUUUUUUUAAGGAUUGAUUUUAUUUAUUUGAAAGUCACAGUUACACAGAGAGAGGAGAGGCAGAGAGAGAGAGAGAGAGAGAGAGAGAGGUCUUUCAUCCGUUGGUUCACUCCCCAGAUGGCCGCAAGGGCCGGAGCUGCUCCAAUCCAAAACCAGGAGCCAGGAGCUUCUUCUGGGUCUCCCAUGCGGGUGCAGGGGCCCAAGGACUUGGGUCAUCCUCUACUGCUUUCCCAGGCCAUAGCAGAGAGCUGGACUGGAAGAGGAGCAGCCGGGACUGGAACCGGCGUCCAUAUGUGAUGCCGGUGCUUCAGGCCAGGGCGCCACAGCGGCGGCCCCCAGAGCGUUCUCAUUACCCUGGGAAGAAAAGCCUGCAGCCAAUAAGCAGUCUCUCUUCAUUCUCCUUCUUUCCAGCCACUGAUGGGUUCUGUGUGUGCACAUUCUGAGCCCUUCCUGUAGGUGGUGUUAGAGCCCUUCCUGUGGGUGGUGUGGAGCCCUCGUGUGGGUGGUGUGGAGCCUCGUGUGGGUGGUGUGGGGCCCUCGUGUGGGUGGUGUGGAGCCCUCCUGGGGGUGGUGUGGAGCCCCCGUGUGGGUGGUGUGGAGCCCCCGUGUGGGUGGUGUGGGGCCCUCGUGUGGGUGGUGUGGAGCCCCCGUGUGGGUGGUGUGGGGCCCUCGUGUGGGUGGUGUGGAGCCUCCUGUGGGUGGUGUGGAGCCCCCGUGUGGGUGGUGUGGGGCCCUCGUGUGGGUGGUGUGGAGCCUCAUGUGGGUGGUGUGGAGCCCUCGUGUGGGUGGUGUGGAGCCUCAUGUGGGUGGUGUGGAGCCCUCGUGUGGGUGGUGUGGAGCCUCAUGUGGGUGGUGUGGAGCCCUCGUGUGGGUGGUGUGGAGCCCUCGUGUGGGUGGUGUGGAGCCCUCGUGUGGGUGGUGUGGAGCCUCAUGUGGGUGGUGUGGAGCCCUCGUGUGGGUGGUGUGGGGCCCUCGUGUGGGUGGUGUGGAGCCUCGUGUGGGUGGUGUGGAGCCCUCGUGUGGGUGGUGUGGAGCCCUCGUGUGGGUGGUGUGGAGCCCUCCUGUGGGUGGUGUGGAGCCCCCGUGUGGGUGUUGUGGGGCCCUCGUGUGGGUGGUGUGGAGCCUCAUGUGGGUGGUGUGGAGCCCUCGUGUGGGUGGUGUGGAGCCUCAUGUGGGUGGUGUGGAGCCCUCGUGUGGGUGGUGUGGGGCCCUCGUGUGGGUGGUGUGGAGCCCCCGUGUGGGUGGUGUGGAGCCCUCGUGUGGGUGGUGUGGAGCCCCCGUGUGGGUGGUGUGGAGCCCCCGUGUGGGUGGUGUGGAGCCCUCGUGUAGGUGGUGUGGGGCCCUCGUGUGGGUGGUGUGGAGCCCCCGUGUGGGUGAGUGGAGCCCCCGUGUGGGUGAGUGGAGCCCCCGUGUGGGUGGUGUGGAGCCCUCGUGUGGGUGGUGUGGAGCCCUCGUGUGGGUGGUGUGGAGCCCUCGUGUAGGUGGUGUGGAGCCCCCGUGUGGGUGGUGUGGAGCCCUCGUUGGGUGGUGUUGCAGGAUGGUGACUGGCGCGGGUUCGGUGUGCGAGGCUCGCUGGGUUGCACGCAGGUCAGUAUUUGCUCCUUGGCUCUGGUGGCAGCAGUGCAGCUCUGCUUCCGCGUCUCAUCGUGUGCUCACCUCCCCGAAUGUGGAUAGACCCCGUGAUCCCAUGGGCUCCCCCAGACAAUCGGGGGGAUCCCCAGCCCUAGGUGUUUAGUAACAGGUGCAGACUCAGGGUUGCCCUGUGCAGUAGCAUACGCAGAGGCUGUGGGUGUUGAGACCGUGUAGACCUUGGCGGUGGCAUUCUGCCUGUCACGUGGCUUCGCCCGCGCAGCAGGCCCAGGGAGCUCAUCCUCUGUCCCCACCCUGCUGUGGAGUCCGUGCGUGGAUGUUCUGUUUUGGCCGCUGCGUGUUUCAGUGUGUGACUUCUCUUCGACGCUUUAAAAGCUGACAUCUGUUCCUUUCCAGGAUCUUAUGUGUAUAUACUUUGGUUUUAAGAGAGUUCGUAGUUGUUUGUAGAAGUGUUAUUAUGACGGUGGCUUUAAACUUCUUGUCGGGUAAUCCCAGAAUUUUAAUCACCUCGGUGUUAGCAUCAGUCUUUAUCUCUUCAUUCACGUGUGUUUCCUGGUUGUUGGCAUGCAUGGCGUUGUUUGAGUGUACCCGGACACGUAGGGUAUUAUAUUAGGACCCUUGACCCUGUUCCAUCUGUUUCGGUAGAGCUGCCUGUCUAGGCUCCGUGUGACUGCCGUCCUGCCUUGCUGGGCUGUGACUCCUGGGUGAUCUAGCGUGCCCAUCCUUCGCAAUGCUGCCGAUUCUCGUCUGCUUGAUUUUUCUGGCACUGCUGGAAAUCCUGUGGCUCCCUGGCGGGUCUGGCGCCUCAGCUCAGUGUUGUCACAGGUGUGGGAUGGGGACCUGCCUGCCCCGUUCCGGGUGGUGGGUGCAGAUCUGCGGCUGCUGGCGCUGUGGUGGAGUGGCCCUGCCACUGUCCUGGGUGGGGACCGGGUAGUGUACAAGUGUCUGUCCAGGUCUCUGCUGAGUCCUUUGGCCAGAGAGCAGGAUUUUCUUGGCUGCCCGCCUGCCUGCCUACUGUCCUUCCCUGUUGGUGGUCCGAGGCUGCAGGCUUCUCUGGCCUGGGGCAUAUGGGAGCUCGCCGGCAGCGCCUGCUAGGCUGCCUCCUUCCGCCCUGCAGGCCUCGUGGCUGUCUGUUACGUGGUUGGGUUUGAGGGGACAGUCAGGGAACGUGAGCCUCUGCCAGCCCCCUCCAGACCUGGGGCCCUCGCGGUUUGCGUUUUCCCCUACUGGGUUUACUGGCAGUACGUGGGGCGUGACUGCUGCUCUUGCUGUAUUGGUCCUGGACCGUCACGUGGCGCGUUCCUUCACGGCUGCUGUUCACCGUGGGAACAGGAUAGGGGUUGUUCUUGUUUCAACUGAAUGGAAAUGAGGAAUGUCACGGUUUUACUUGCUCAUGCAUUCAUUUACUCAUUCAUGUAUUUAU